GGAAACCACAGGAAAGAGGCUGACCUUGUGCACCUGUACUGCUGCUGCAGAGCUUUCGGGUUACACUGCAGACAGACACAGAGACAUUGUGGUGUCCUAAAACUGUUCUCAUCAAAAACAGGGCCAAAACGUUCUAAAGUAUCCAUACUGAGGCCUGGAUUGUACUGUGGGUGGACAAUGGUGCAAUAUUUUGUGUUCUACUUAUAAGGAACCUUAGAAGAGAGGCAACAUGACCAAACAGAGAUAUGGUCGCUAUAGCAACAUGGAGGAGGGUGAGUAUCAUGUCCCUGAUAACCAUGAAGAAGAGUUCUUGGUGCACAUCCUUCCUGCCAGAGCCUCCGAGUCAGACAGAGACUAUGCAGAUAGGGACAUUUCCAGAUCCUCCUACGCUCAGAGUAUCAGCUCCACUUCAAGUGGCAGCCCUAUCAUACCCCCACGGCAUCCUAAAAGAGGCCUCCCCUGUACUUCUCCAGGAAAUACCGGACCUUCUGUCAACCGCCAACUGAAGCCCAGAAAACCAAGGAGGACCCAGUUAGAUGACAGAGCACAAGUCAUGGAGCCUACAGAACAGAACAUGCUACUCCCACCAAGGUCCCCACCAUCCUUACCUAAGGACCUAAUGAACAAGCUGUCUGGGCUGAACCUCCAGAGGCCCUGCAGGAGAGACAGACAGAGAGGACAAGAAAAUGUGGAAUGCAAUACACCCUCAAAUAGUAAUUGUUUAAGGAGAGAGCAAACUAUCCAAAGAUAUUCACUGAACCUUGAAUCUCAACUCAACACAGACAUAAGGUUACAACAAAGGCACCAUAUCCCAGAAGAGUCCUCAGUGAAGCGCCAACAACACCAUGAGUGGCCUCAAACCAAAGAUGACGUGGAGCAGCAUGACUUUGUCCCCAAGGAAAGACCGUGUCAGACAUACAAUGAACAAGACUGGUACAUAGGAGCUUGUGAUCGAGCAGAGGCUGAACAUGCCUUACACCUGGUGAAUAAGAAUGGGGCAUUUUUGGUGCGGAAUUGCUCAAGGAACACGAAGAGCGAACCCUUUGUCUUAGCAGUGUUUCAUGACAAGAGAGUUUUCAACGUUAAAAUUCGGUUCAUUGAUAGCACCUCCAAGUAUGUCCUUGGGACUGGGCAAAGUGCCAAUGAUGUGAGUAGACAAAUGUUUGAUUCUGUGGCAGACAUCGUCAGAUUUCACUCCAUAUUCCCUGUCAUCCUGAUCAAUGGGAGGAACCAAUUAGCUAACAGAUAUCAGGUGAACUGUGUGUUGACAUUCCCAAUCACAAAAGAGGUUGUCAACCAACUGUUGGAAUGAAAGGCCCUCUGUGCCCAAGCAAUAACUAUCACAUUUUGUCUGAGUUGAUCCACUGGAUUUGUCUGUAUUUAUCUGUUUUGUAAUGUGCUAUAUUUUACUAUAAAUUGUCACAUUUCGCUCUCUACUCUGUACAUAGACUCACCAUUGUCUUGCCUCUGAGUACAUGUACUGUAUAGACAUCAUGUAAACUUGCCUAAAUAAAAAAAAUUU